UCUCUGUCGAACCUAAAGUUAAUUCCUUCAUCAUUCCCAUUAUAAAUAUGGAGCCCAUGUCUUCAUUUUCUCCCUCACCACAAAGCUAACGCUAAUUCCAACGCCAAAAGAAUACGAUUAAAAAAAAAGACCAUUUUUUUUUUUUUUUUUUUAAUAAAAACAUGUGUUCGAAAGUAUCAGCUGUUCCUAGCUAUUCGGAGGUGGCUCGAAGGUCUGCCCAAUUUCAAGCUAGCGUUUGGGGAGAUUACUUUCUUUCCUACCAUUCUCUUCCUCGGGAAGAAGGCAACCAGUUGAUGGAGAAACAGAUGGAAGAAUUGAAAGAAGAAAUAAAAUGUCAAUUAAUUUUUGCAACAAAAGAUAAGACUGAGAAACUGAGACUCAUUGAUUCAAUCCAACGCUUAGGCGUUUCUUACCAUUUCGAAAAUGAAAUCCACAAAAUACUUCAACAACUCCAUCAUAUUGCUAUAACUGCCAACAAUGAUGAUGAUGAUCUUCACACUAUCACUCUCAGUUUCAGACUUCUCAGACAACAAGGAUACAACAUAUCAUCUCAGCUGUUCGAUAAGUUUCGAGGCAAAUGGGAAAGUUCAUACGAUAACAAUGUGGAAGAACUCUUGAGUUUGUACGAAGCAUCGCAAUUGAGGAUGCGAGGAGAGGAAGCAUUGGACGAAGCGUUUCGUUUCGCUAACGCUCGGCUAGAAGCCAUAGUCAGCGACUCGGCCACCGAACCAAUGGUUGCAGCGGAGGUUCGCCGCGCUUUGAAGUGGCCGCUGUACAAGAACUUGCCGAGGCUUGAAGCUAGACACUACAUUGGUUUGUACAGCGAGAAGCCAUGGAAAAAUGAGGGUUUGCUUAACUUUGCAAAGAUGGAUUUCAACCAAUUGCAAAAGCUUCAUCAGAAAGAGAUUGCUUACAUCUCAGAGUGGUGGGAAGAUUAUGGUUUUGCAGAAAAGCUAUCAUUUGCAAGGAACAGAAUAGUGGAGGGAUACUUUUUUGCUCUUGGGAUAUUCUUUGAACCCCAAUUUUUAAGUGCUAGACUUAUUAUGACCAAAAUCAUUGCUAUUGGGUCAAUGUUAGAUGACAUUUAUGAUGUUUAUGGCACAUUUGAAGAACUCGAACUCUUGACCCAUGCACUUGAGAGAUGGGAAAAGAGUGAGACAGAGCAGCUCCCAAAUUAUUUGAAGAUGUAUUACGAUGCUUUGCUAGAUGUUUUUGAUAAAAUUGAACAUGAAAUGAGCAAUCAAGAAACAACAACAUAUUGCAUCCAUCACAUGAAAGAAGCGACAAAAGAGCUUGGAAGGGUGUUUUUGGUAGAGGCAAACUGGUGCAAGGAAGGAUACACACCAACUGUGGAAGAAUACUUAGAUAUUGCUUUAAUAUCUUUUGGCCACAAAUUGCUUAUGGUAACAGCUCUCUUGGGAAUGGGAGAUUUGGGCACACAACAAGCUGUUCAAUGGGUCACCUCCAUGCCUAAUAUUCUCAAAGCUUCCACUGUUAUUUGUCGAUUCAUGAACGACAUGGUUUCGCAUAAGUUUGAACAAGAACGAGGUCAUGUGGCUUCUGCCAUUGAAUGCUACAUGGAACAGAAUAGUGCAUCGGAAUACGAUGCCAUAAAUGCAUUACACAAACAAAUAGAUGAUUCUUGGAAGGAUAUAGUCGAGAAUUAUUGUGUUGUCACCACAAAUGAUGAGGUCCCAAGGGCUGUUCUUAGGAGAGUUUUGAACCUCACAAGACUAUUUAAUGUGAUAUACAAAGAUGGAGAUGGCUAUACACAAUCUCAAGGCUCCACAAAAGCUUAUAUCAAGUCUUUGCUUGUCGACUCUGUCCCACUCUAGGGCUUUUCAAUUCAAAAGCUGUCUCAUAAACAUAAAAAUGAUACUUUUAUAUAUUUUUAUGAUAUAUAAUAUAUAUAUAUUGUUUAA